GUCUUGUGCGCUCGAGGUGCCCCACGGCGGGCUGGGCUCCCAGGGCCCAUAGGCCCCACGCCGUUGGCCGCCUGAGGAGAGUCGCGCUGGUCGUGGUCGCCGCCAGGGAUAUUUCUUCAUCUUGAAGAUAAAGGAAAAUCUUUUUUGGAGUAGAUGGAUUUUUGACACUUUCUGUGAACUAAAACGAUUCAAUGUCUCUCUUGGAUUGUUUCUGCACUUCACGAACACAAGUUGAAUCACUCAGACCUGAAAAACAGUCUGAAACCAGUAUCCAUCAACACUUGGUUGAUGCGCCAACCUUUUCCCAAUUGCCUCCUUCCACUAGAGCCAAGGAUGUGAUCUGUUCCACCAAUGUUUCUCACUAUGAACUCCAAGUGGAAAUAGGAAGAGGAUUUGACAACUUGACGACUGUCCAUCUUGCCCGUCAUACUCCUACAGGAACACUGGUGACUAUAAAAAUUACAAAUCUAGAAAACUGCACUGAUGAACGCCUGAAUGCUUUACAGAAAGCAGUGAUUCUAUCCCACUUUUUCCGGCACCCCAAUAUUACAACUUAUUGGACUGUUUUCACUGUUGGCAGCUGGCUUUGGGUUAUUUCUCCAUUUAUGGCUUAUGGAUCAGCAAGUCAACUCUUGAAGACUUACUUUCCUGAAGGAAUGAAUGAAACUUUAAUAAGAAACAUUCUCUUUGGAGCAGUGAGAGGGUUGAGCUAUCUGCAUCAAAAUGGCUGUAUUCACAGGAGUAUUAAAGCCAGCCAUAUCCUCAUUUCUGGUGAUGGCCUAGUGACCCUCUCUGGCCUGUCCCACCUGCAUAGUUUGGUUAAGCACGGACAGAGGCAUAGGGCUGUGUAUGAUUUCCCACAGUUCAGCACAUCAGUGCAGCCGUGGCUGAGCCCAGAACUACUGAGACAGGAUUUACAUGGAUAUAAUGUAAAGUCAGAUAUUUACAGUGUUGGGAUUACAGCAUGCGAAUUGGCCAGUGGGCAGGUACCUUUCCAGGACAUGCAUAGGACUCAGAUGUUGUUACAGAAACUGAAAGGUCCUCCUUAUAGCCCAUUGGAUGUUAGUAUCUUCCCUCAGUCAGAAUCCAGAAUGAAGAAUUCCCGAUCAGGUGUAGACUCUGGGAUUGGAGAAAGUGUACUUGUCUCCAGUGGAACUCACACAGGAAAUAGUGACAGAUUGCAAACUCCAUCCUCAAAAACUUUCUCUCCUGCCUUCUUUAGCUUGGUUCAGCUCUGUUUGCAACAAGAUCCUGAGAAAAGACCAUCUGCAAGCAGUUUAUUGUCUCAUGUUUUCUUCAAACAGAUGAAAGAAGAAAGCCAGGAUUCAAUACUUUCACUGUUGCCUCCUAAGCCAUCAAUAGCACUGUCUCCGGUGUCACCUUGGACUGAGCCAGAAUGUGAUUUUCCUGAUGAAAAAGACUUAAACUGGGAAUUCUAGGACUACCACAUCCUUUAUGUCCUAGAUACUUGACACUUUCUCCCUGCUGCUUUUCUUCUGUAUUGCUAGGUACAAAUACUAGAAUUAUACUUGAAAAUACAGUUGGUGCACUGGAGAGUCUAUUUCUUAAAACCACUCUCUUCAAAGGAGCAUGAGUUCAUAGCCUAUUUGGUUAACUCAGAGUUCUAGUAUGACUCCAGGAAAACUUCAGAAUUAUGAAUCUAGCUACAUUUAGUGUCAUCUGUUCUCAAUUGUUUUUCCCCAAGCUGUGACUAACGCCCCUUCUUGAUCUUUCAAUAUAAUUUUUGAGCCAGGUUUCAGCAUUUUGUUGCCCUCAGGGGAAUGAGCCCUCAGAGGACAGUGCUUCCAAGUACAUUUUUUACUUCCAGAUUCUCUAGCCUUUUUGAUCAGCUGUUUUAGACCAACAGGCUAGUUUAUCCUGGCAUCAAAACCCUUUUUUGAUAGAAGGGAAAAUGUUUAUACUUUCCCAUUUUAUUCUGUUAAUACUUACGGUAAUAUCAAACUGAGCCUCACAUUAAAUGAUUCACUUGAAAUAUAUAGAGAAAUUGUAAUUUGCUUUGUUUUUUUUCAUUUUUAAGAGGCUAAAGUGACACUUUUCUACUUCUGUAAAUUAUAGAUUCUAAAUUCAUGCACCCUGUGGGAGCUCAAUAAAGAUUUAUU